CGGUUCCCAGUUUGCUGAGUUUUGAGUCGCGCGCGGUGAAGAAGUGGAGCUCGAGCUGAGGACCAGUGGGUCGCAGCGCGGAUCGACCAGUCGGCCGGGGAUCGAUCGAUGGACUGAUCGAUCAGAACUGCAGCUGCUGCGGAGACAUGGCACACGUGUGUGCGUGGUUGGCGUGCAUGUGCGUGCUGAGUGUGCGUGUUGGGGCUCACGGUGUAUUGGACGGGAGUGACCACGCCCACCUGGAUCACCAUCAACUAGUUUCCAACGGCAACACAGCCUCAGAUCUGUGUGCGAUAGACCGGCAGCUGUGUGAGGAGGAGAACUCCGUCCUGAGUUUCGAGGCGAUCUGCAGCAUCCACAAACUGAUGGACGAUGACGCCGACGGGACGGUGGACACGACUGAGACAGACGAGUUUCUGAAGGAGGAUCUGAAGUAUCACGACCGGAAAGCCAAACACAGCAGCUUCCACGGAGCCGACCUGCACAUCAGCAUGGAGGACAUGUGGAGCGCCUGGCAGAGCUCGCCGGUGUAUAACUGGACGGUGCAGCAGGUGGAGGACUGGCUGCUCAUCAGUGUGGAGCUUCCUCAAUACACAGAAACGUUCAGGAGGCACCAGCUGGACGGGAAGUCCCUACCCAGGCUGGCGGUGAAGAACACCACCCUGACCUCGGUGCUGCUGAAGAUCUCAGACAGAAUUCACUCUCAGAAGCUGCAGCUCAAAGCUCUGGACAUCGUCCUGUUCGGACCUCCUCCAGGCCGACGGAGCUGGUGGAAGGACCUGGUCCUGGGCGUGUCCGUCCUGAUGGCUCUGUGCGGCUGCUGCUUCGCCCUGGUCCAGACCAGGAGGUCCAGAGACGACCUGGAGACGCUGGUGAAGGACCUGGAGGGUCUGCAGAGGGCGGAGCUGAACCUGCUGGAGCUGCAGGGCAGGCUGCAGCAGGCUCAGGAGGAGCAGCGCUGCGUUCAGGUGGAGAAGGUGAAGGUGGAGGAGCAGCUGAGGAACCAGAUCUGCUCGGCCAAACAGGAAGCUCAGCGUCUCCGAGAGCUCCGAGAGGGAACGGAGAAGGAGAGGAGCCGACAGAAGUACGCAGAGGAGGAGCUGGAACAGGUACGUGUGGCAUUGAAGAGGGCGGAGAGGGAGCUGGAGUCACGGGUUCACUGGGCUCCACCGGAGGUUCUGCAGAAAUGGCUCCAGCUGACGCACGAGGUGGAAAUUCAGUAUUAUAACAUCAAGAAACAGAACGCAGAGAAACAGCUGCUGCAGGCCAGAGAGGGGGCGGAGAGGAUCAAGAGGAAGAGGAGUUCUCUGUUCGGGACGUUCCACGUCGCUCACAGCUCGUCGCUGGACGACGUCGACCACCAGAUCCUGUCGGCCAAGCAGGCGCUGGCCGAGGUGACGGCGGCGCUGCGGGAGAAGCUCCACCGCUGGCAGCAGAUCGAGUCCCUGACUGGGUUCUGUCUGGUCAACAACCCGGGUCUGGGAGCGCUGGCGGUCGCCCUCAACCUGGACCCCUCCGUCCUCGGCCUGCGACCUCCGACCCCGCAGCACCUCCUGCUCUCCGACGACCUGGACGACAUGGACGAAGACAUCCUGUCCCCUGGGACGCUGCAGUAUGCAGCGUGGCAGAUGGACCGGCGGGUCAGCGACCUUUGGCCCCUGAGUGGCAUCGCAGACACACAGUCGUCAUGGAAACACUCUGCUCAGAGCCUGAUGCCCUUGCGACAGCGGACAGGAGACCCCGCUCUGAUGUUCAGCUCUCAGAGAGACAUUACCAGCCGCUCAGACUUUGACUCCUCCCUCCCACUCUCUCCCGGUGAAUCUCGAUGUCUGUACAUUCAAAAGCCCCUCCUCCUGCCCUCUGGGCUCCACCCCCUGCAGGGUCAGGGUUCUGGGCUCGUCGGAGGCCUGGAGAAGAGCUCCAGCCUCGGGGAGCUGAGGAGCAGCGCUGCCUCCAUCCUCACCUCCUCCUGCUCCACCCGCUCCCUCUGCAUCACACCCGACCGCCCCGUGGCCUCCUCGUCCGGCUCGUCGGGCAGCGCCCAGGGGACCGGCCCCCAGCUCCUGACCAGGAGGAGCCCCGUGGAGGAGGAAGGAGGCGACGAGUCGGCCAGCAGCCGGAGGAGAAACACGUUCAAUAAGAUCUUUAAGAAGAAGCAGGGACGUCAUUGAUUCUCAGUUCCAGAGUCACCAUGAGACUUUAACCUUCGUCUACUUUUACUCUUCCGACACAGUUUGAUUUUUGCUCUCCUUAAAAUGAGUAAAGAUCAGAUUCAGACACAUGAAGAUGGAUCGGGACAAAAACAGGUGAAUAGAGACAGACAGACAGGUGGAUAGAGACAGACAGGUGGAUAGAGACAGACAGGUGGAUGGAGACAGACAGGUGAAUAGAGACAGACAGGUGGAUGGAGACAGACAGGUGAAUAGAGACAGACAGGUGGAUGGAGACAGACAGGUGGAUGGAGACAGACAGACCAGUACCAUCAUGAUCACAUUCAUCCUGCUCUCAUUGUUCUGCCACAGCUCACAGGAUGGAAACACAGGAGAACAGGAUGAGUAACAAUCUCAUCUAAUGACACUCGUGUCCGUCCUUAGAAAUUCAAACUAAACACAAAGAUCAACUGGAUUCCUGAAUCCAAUCAUUGAGAUUCCAACCUGCUGAUGGAGCUCAAAGAACAAUGAGUUAUCACGGUUCAUCCUGAGGGAACGUGAACGUUUGUAAAACACUUUAUCAAGAAGUUUAACUCAACGAGCCUGGCGAGGAAACGUCUGCGUGGUUCAUCCUGUGGGAACAUGAAUGUUUGCACUUCAUGCUUCAUCAUCUACACAAAGAUAAACUUCUCUGAUCACGAA